CACCUCCCGAAACUGACAGGCACUCUCUGAGAGAAGAGAGAGAAAAAGGAGAGAGAAUAUUGCUACUUUACGUUUCCCAAAGCAAAAAUGAAGCUCCCGGAAGGUAACCGCCGGCGAGAAAGGGAUAAACGACCGGCGACUCGUGAACCGCAACCGAUUCGACCAGCUACCAGAGUUCCCUUAAAGAAGCUACUAAGAGUAUCAUCAAUAGCUUGUGGAAUUCAGUUUGGCUGGGCUCUUCAGCUUUCUCUCCUAACGCCGUACGUUCAAGAACUUGGAAUUCCACAUGCUUGGUCCAGUAUUAUAUGGCUUUGCGGUCCGAUUUCAGGAUUUUUUGUUCAACCGUUAGUUGGACAUAUGAGUGAUCGGUGUAAAAGCCGGUUCGGUCGACGGAGGCCAUUCAUAGUUGCUGGAGCUUGCUCCAUUAUUGUAUCUGUUCUUGUUGUAGGUCACUCUGCUGAUAUUGGAUGGUUGUUUGGUGAUAGAGGUAGUACGAAGGUUGGAGCAAUUACUGCUUUUGUGUUAGGUUUUUGGUUGUUGGAUGGAGCUAAUAAUAUGACUCAAGGUCCUUGUAGAGCCUUACUCGCCGAUCUUACUGGUAAAGAUCACCGAAGAACUAGAGUGGCUAAUGCAUAUUUCUCAUUUUUUAUGGCCGUUGGUAAUAUCCUUGGGUUUGCCACUGGCUCUUACAGUGGAUGGUUCAAGAUUUUUCCAUUCACUGUUACAUCUGCAUGUGAUCCCAAUUGUGCAAAUCUCAAGUCUGCUUUCUAUUUGGAUGUCAUUUUCAUUAUAUUCACUACGUAUAUAAGCAUUACCGCAGCCAAUGAGGAGCCACUUAAUCUAAACCAUCAAUUAUCCGAAGAAAGACAUGGACAAUCUAGCCAUGAAACUCAGGAAGCUUUCUUUUGGGAAUUAUUCGGGACAUUCAGAUAUCUACCAGGUCCUGUUUGGAUUGUUCUACUUGUUACCGCCUUAAAUUGGAUAGGAUGGUUUCCAUUUCUUAUGUUUGAUACAGAUUGGAUGGGGCGAGAGAUUUAUAGAGGAGAGCCGAAUGAAGGGAAGAAUUAUGAUUUUGGAGUUCGUAUGGGUGCAUUCGGGUUGAUGUUGAAUUCAUUGUUCCUUGGGAUAACUUCAGUCUUCAUGGAAAAGCUUUGUAGAAAGUUAGGCGCCGGAGUUGUAUGGGGUAUUUCAAGCAUUAUCAUGUCUCUUUGUUUUGCCUCAAUGCUUGUAAUUACAGCCAUUGUGAAGAAUAUGAACAUUGAAGAUGAUUAUCAACCUCCAACUGGUGUUGUGGUAGCUUCUUUGAUAGUCUUUGCCAUUUUAGGCAUUCCAUUGGCUAUAACCUACAGCGUUCCAUACGCCUUAGUAUCUGCCCGAAUUGAGUCUUUAGGACUCGGUCAAGGGUUGUCAAUGGGCGUUCUAAACCUCGCAAUUGUGGUUCCACAGAUUUUGGUGUCUCUCGGAAGUGGGCCAUGGGAUCAACUUUUUGGUGGAGGCAAUGCACCAUCUUUCUAUGUAGCAGCAAUUGCUGCCUUUAGCAGUGGACUGAUAGCAAUUCUAGCUAUUCCAAGAUCUAGAACAGAUCAAUUAAAGGUUCAUCAAUAAGAGUAAGCUUACAUAUUUUUUUCGGUUAUUUAUUUAUCUUUCGAAAAGUAAAGAAUUUGUGGGUGGAUAAGAAUGAAAGAAGUUUUUGUAAACCUUCUUUCUUUUUUACUUUGUGUAAAACCAUACAUAUAUAUAUAUUUUUAAAGGCUUGUAUAUAAGGGUGGGAGGUGAUUCAAAUAAGCCCUACCCAAAAAAAAUAUAGAAAAAGCAAUUUUAUAUUUGGUAGAUGCAAGUACCCAUAAUGUUUAUAUGUUUGUGUUUACAAAGGUGAAAUAUUUUCAUUUGACAUAUAUUCUUCCAUCUUACAUUGAUAGCUUUAGAGGUUCUUUAAUUACAU